GGUGCGACGCAAAAAGCGUGUCGAUCUGGGGCGAAAAUCGCCGCAUUGGAGAUGCUCUAACGAAACAUAUUUAUUUAAUUUAAUUCUAAUUUCUAUUUUAUUAUUCUAAAUAUAUAAUUGAGUAAUUUCUAAUUGGAAUGGAAGCCCUAAACCCCCAAUUCUAAUUCAGUGAAUUCACGCACAGACGCACUCUCAUCUCUCUCUCUGUCGAACUCGGUUGCCGGCGCCGCCGCCCUCCAUCCGCGCCGCAGGCCGCAGCAGCAGCUCAAGGUUGAAGCCGUUGCCCUCCAUCCGCACCACUGCCAUAUUUACCUGGACACCACUUGCCAGUGGCGGCGAUGAAAGUAGUUGAGGCCAGUGCUGGUGCUCUCACUAAUUUCGAAGUGCUUGACCUUUUGAGAUCAAGAGGAGCUGGAAAGGAUGCGUCUCGAGCUAUUGCAACCGUAUCUCAAUCUGAGUUCAAGGUUUUUGAUUAUCUAGAGGGGACUGUUGCUUGCAAUCAAACAAGGGAGAUUAUUGAUAACUUUGUUGAAGAGUGCCAAAAAUUUGACCUGGCCAAGGCAGAGAUUCUUAAUAUUGUGAAUAUAAGACCAAGAAGUGAACCUGAGCUUUUCCCGGUAAUCUCUGUCGUUUGUUGUUAUCGAUUUCGUAUUCAUUGGUCUGCUUUCAAUCCUUGCUGUGUUGUUGAAUUGCCAUUCGUACUUUGUUUUCUCAGAUUGUUUGCUUCUUUUAGUUUAAAGAGCCAUCCACAUUGUGAAAUUUAUCAAUGUUGUCUGUCCACUUAUGUUAAGUUUUGCAAUCCAAGUUAUGUUAAAAAGUGGUGGAUCAGUGUGACCCUUAGUUCAAAUACUAGAUGAAGAUAUUAUUUUUCUGAGUCAGUUUGAGAUGCUAUGCCUUCGGUUCAUGAAAAUGCAUGGCGAAUAUGAGAAUAUUUGGUAGUCUUUUCUGUUUGUUGUUCACCGCCAUUGCAAAAUUUGCAUUUAUCUCAGUUUAAUUUAGAGGGAAAUCAAAGGUUGAGAAAUUUGUUGUUGAUGCUUACACUUGGAACUUUAGUUUCAAUUACUAUAGUGUUCCUCCCGAUACCCUGAACUCACACGCACAUGAAGGAAUCCUCGUCACAAUAAAACUGAUACUAAUAAAUGUGACAUGCAUAGCAUGGAAUCUGAUAUUGCUAACCUUCAUAGGAGUGAAGCAUUACAAUGAACUGAAGCUGCAAUUGCUUCUAGCUGCAUAGAAAUGAGUCUGGAGUAUUUCAUAUUAUGAUAUAUUAUCUGGAUUGAUCAUGUCAAGAAAGGGGUAUAGCUCACAAAGAGUUUUGAUUUUUUACGGUAGAGUUAUACCCACCCGUGUGCACACAAUGUUAUGGUCGUUUAUGAGCAUUAAAAUGAAAUCGAGGGGGCUUUCGAAACCAAGUUGUAAGCUGGUUAUCAUGCUUAAGAACCAUUAAAAAUUCUGUUAAGUAUUGUGUAUUCUUGAUAACUAGAUAGUGAUGUGUUUAGGUGAAGUUAUAUAAUUAUCAAUAGAAAUGGAGAAAAUGUAAACAAGGGGCAUUGGCCAUGUUAGGUUUCCUCUCUUUUAGGUGCUCAACGAAAAAACCAUCGAAGUUGUAGUUGUCCGUUUUUGUUCUUCACUUCUAGGAAAACUUAAUCACAGCGCCGAACAAACGAGGGAUUGGGAUAUCCUGUGGUAGUCUUAUGAGUUAGUUUCUUUAGGAAUAUAUUCGUGGGGUGUUGUUAUCUUGGGUUCUUCUUUAAUAGACAUUUUUACCAGCAUUGGUAGUGAUUCUUGCAUGUUUAUCUU